AUGGAUGCGGGAAUGGAGAAGGAGGUAGACGUGGAUGAUGAGCUUAAAGCUACCGUUGUAAGUUCUAUUCGUUCGAUGGGUCGGAUAAAGAAAAUUGAAGUUAGCCAAGUCACACAAACGCUUGGAAAGAAUACUCAACAAUGGCAAAACGUGCUGCAACAAUCUGGCCCCUCGAAAAGUAAAGCGAAAGCUGCGAACAGGAAGAAGUUUAACUGCCAACACUGCAAGCGUAAGUUCGUCUAUCUGACUGGGCUCGCCCGCCAUGAGAAAAAAUUUCAUCCGGAAAAAGAAAAAUCCUCGAACCCGGGCAACGAACAAACCGAGAAGGAGGCAGCAACAGGUGCUGUAUCAAACACACCCCCAACGACCACAUUCGAAAUUGUGGUGAAAUGUAAAAAUUGUGGUGAAAUUUUUCCCGAUGCUGAGCGCUUUGAAGCUCACACUAGCCGGCUCAGCUGGGAGCAGUUGUUCGGGAACCAGCCGGAGGAGCAGGAUGAAAAGGUGUCGCUGUUUCUGGCUCAGCUUUUCAUCGUCGUUAUUCAUAUGGCUCUACAGUGCGAGUUUUGCGAUGCACACUUCUCGGAUUUUGCGUCCCUGUUCUAUCACGAAUCACAUCACUCACCUUACGCCGGUUACUCGUGUACGUUCUGCAAGCUUAACUUUCUCACGCUAGAAGCGGUACUGGAUCAUCGGGAACAGUGCCAGGAGUACAACAGCUAUCGAGCUGCACAUCUGUUGAACGUUUCCUCGCAGUACUGCUGCAAUGUUUGCAUGGCCAUGUUUGGCACGCUGUCCCAACUGUACGAACAUCGGUACAGCAACCAUCACUACUUUCCACGCCGUAGAGGUCUGCUGGAAGUCCUAUGCCCGGAAUCAGAUGAACUGUUAUUAAAUUGCGAAUUGUGUGGUUUCUGUUGCAAUCAGCUCCGUACGCUGCUACAGCACCGAGCUGAGAAACACGCCAAUACUGACCACGAUAACACACCGGUGGCGGAGAAACUAGCCGCUCCACAAAAGACGACUAAAAAGCUUGACAAGGAAGAGACGACCCGGCAGUUCCUGUGCGAAAAGUGUGGCAAAACGUACACCCAGUCCAGUCAUCUUUGGCAGCAUCUGCGCUUCCACAACAAGGUACGGCCGUUCUCAUGCUCCGUUCAGGGUUGCAACCGAAGUUUCACGAUACGGCCCGAUCUUAGCGACCACAUCCGAAAGUGCCACACCGGCGAACGGCCGUACGCGUGUGAGGUGUGUCAUAAGCGCUUCCUGACCGGUUCUGUGUUUUAUCAGCACCGAUUGAUCCAUCGAAACGAGCGGCGUCAUGCUUGUUCGAAGUGUGAUCGCAGGUUUUACCGGGCGGAUGCACUGAAGAACCACAUGCGAAUUCAUACCGGCGAAAAACCGUACGCAUGUACGCAUUGUAAUCGCAAGUUUCGGCAGCGUGGCGAUCGGGAGAAGCAUGUGCGCGUAAAGCACAUGAAGUUUUGUUAAAUGGGGCCAA